UUUUAGAGGUGUUUGGCUAUGCUUCAGCUUUUGAAGUCGAAAAGCACUUCUAAAAGCAGGGCCAAACAUAUGCAAUAUUUAGAGGAUCGUAGAGAAAAAAUUUCCUCAUAAUUUUUUUAUUAGCAACGGGGAAAAUUGUGAACCACAAGUUUGAUUCGGGUGGUCACUAUUGAUGAUAAGGAGUUGCGAAAAUCAUUAUUUCCCACCCAAAAAAAAAAAAUUCGCAAUAUCCUAACCACGCAUUUAUUUUCCUAUAUAGGCAUAGCGAACUUCUAGCUAAUUGAGUAUGAGGUAGGGACUAUAUCAAUAUUUAAGUGAGUAAUAUUUUGUGGACGUGACAUUAUCGCGUUCCACCCCAUGGAGCAAUGUUAUUUUUAAAGCCAAUGACAUUCAGCUGUUAUGACAUUGUCAUAAUUCAUAUCAACGUGCUAAUAUGAAGAAGAAGAAGAAGAAAAAGAACUUUUAAUUAUGAUCCAACAAAUACCUUAUGGUGGCACGAGUAAAAUGGUCAUCCAUCAUAUGAUCUUUUACUAUAUCGGAUAUGCUAAGUCACCAUCACUUUGAACAUCAGAAUCCCAAAACGAGAAAAUUCUUUUGCUUGACCUUAUUGUGCAAAUAUUGUUCAUCAAGGAAUCUCUCAAUGGUUAAUCAGCAGGUGUGCGUGUCCAAGACAAGAUUAUUAUUUUGCCUUGGCUAAUCCUUCAUUUACUUCCCGUUGGUGCGACUGAAGUCCUGAAUCUUUACUACAGCUUGUGCUAUUGUUGAACACGGUGAGCUGACCCAGUUCAAUGGCCUUAUUCGCCACGGCUCUAAAAGUAGGAAAGGGUCAUUAACCUCGCCACACAUUCCAAGAAACCACCCCUGAAAUUGCCACCCAAAUUUCUUCUCCCUUCACUAACUACUUCCAAACUUCUUCCUAAACAUUUCCUUCCUAUCUACCUCUCACCCACAACUCGACAACAACCAAACAAAAAUUCCCACCAUGAUGCUAAUCAAGAAGAGAAGGGAAAUGGAAGCCCUAAAGCUCUGGACCAACCUCGGCUCAUCGCUGAUCGCCCUGAUGGCCGCCUGGACAAUGCUCGAAAAAUACCUCCCGGAGCAACUCCGCGGCAUCUUCACCCGACACACCCAAAAGCUCCUCGCCUUCCUCAACCCCUACAUCAAGAUCCGCUUCCCGGAACUCUCCGGAACCAGCCGGUACCGCCGCAGCGAGGCCUACGUCACGAUCCACGCCUACCUGACCGCCCACACCUCCCCGGCGGCGAAAUCCCUCAAGGCCUCCGACACCUCGAAAGACGGACGCUCCCUCGUCCUCUCGAUGGACGAGGACGAGGAAGUUUGCCACGUGUUUCGCGGCGUUAAAGUGUGGUGGGCCUCGCGGAAGACGUCGCCGAAGGCCCAGUCGAUCAGCCUGUACCCGGAGGACGACGAGAAGAGGUUCUACGUGCUGACUUUUCACAAGAGGGAUAGGGAAGUUGUGGUCGGGGAGUAUAUGGGACACGUGUUGGGCGAAGGGAGGGCGAUCGUGGCGGGUAAUAGGCAGAGGAAGCUUUACUCGAAUAACCCGACCCGGAACUGGUGCGGGUGGAGCUCCGUGGCGUUUGAGCACCCGGCGAGCUUUGACACGCUGGCGAUGCCGGUGAAGGUGAAGGAAGGGAUUAAGAAGGAUUUGGUUAAGUUUAGUCAGGGGAAGAGCUAUUACGCUAAGAUUGGCAAGCCAUGGAAGCGAGGGUACCUUCUCUAUGGACCUCCGGGAACCGGAAAGUCAACAAUGAUAGCGGCUAUAGCCAACUUCUUGAACUAUGACAUUUACAAUUUGGAGUUGACUACUGUAAAAGAUAAUUCGGAGCUGAUAAAGCUACUCCUCGAGACUACGGGAAAGUCCAUCAUCGUGAUCGAGGACAUCGAUUGCUCGCUAGAUCUCACUGGACAAAGAAAGUCGGAAAAGAAGGAGAACAGUGAAGAUGACUCCGACUCCGACGAUGAUUCAGGCGGAAAGAGCAAUAAUAUUGUUUCCAAAUCAUUGAAGGAGAAAGAGAAAGAGAACAAAAGCGACAGCAGAGUCACGUUGUCGGGUCUUCUGAACUUCAUCGAUGGUAUAUGGUCGGCUUGUGGAGGGGAACGAAUCAUUGUGUUCACGACCAAUUAUGUAGACAAGCUCGACCCUGCGUUGAUAAGGAGAGGAAGGAUGGACAUGCACAUUGAGAUGUCGUACUGUUGCUUCGAGGCAUUUAAGGUUUUAGCCAAGAACUACUUGGACAUAGAAGAGCAUAGUUUGUUUGGCAGAGUUAAGGAGUUGUUGGCAGAGAUUAAGAUGACUCCCGCCAAUGUUGCAGAGAAUUUACUACCAAAGUCGGUCGAGGAUAGCGAAGAGAAGUGUUUGAGGAACUUAGUCGAAGCACUUGAGAAGGUUAAGGAGGAGGAAGAUGGGAAGUUGAAGAUCGAGAAAAAGGAGAAACAAUGGCAAUGGAUUAAGAGUGUCCUUGGUUAGAAUUUGAAAGUCUUGAAUUCAAAAAUUAUAUUUAUAUAGCUAGGAUCAUUUUGACCCAUUAGCAGAUUGUUAGAGGAGAUAUUGUGUGGUAUAUUUUUUGUUUGGCUUCGUAUAUAAUCAUAUAUGUUUUCGUGUAAAUAUCCUAUUAUUUGUUCGGAAUAGUUAAUCAUUUGUUACGCUCUUAAUUUCUGUCUUGUUUCAUAAAAAAAAUACAAUAUUCAACCUAUAUUAUCGAAGAAAUCUACUCUUCUUCACUUCUAAACUUCUAACGGCACAUUACAUCUACUUCAAUUCAAUCGAACCACAAUCCAAAUAUAUUCUUUUUUUUGGGUAGAAAAAUAUGAUACUGUUUCAGGAAUUGACUUGUCUGGUUGCGUUGCUCUCAGCAACUACGCGGUAAAGAGAAAUGGACAGACAAAAGAAUAAAUAACUCAACUUUCUUUUUUGUUGUCAUCCAAAAGAACAAAUGCAAAGUUGGUCUCCUUCUCUAUCUCUAUACCUUAUCUUAUUGUCUUUUGUCUACUGUAUCAUGCAUGGUCGGUUUUUCUUUUAGUGACCCCAAAUUAAACAUCCUUUCUUAAAGCAGAUCAAGAAGGCAAAAACAUUAUAAAUGAUAACAAGUAAAAAGAAAUAUAUAUUAAUGAAAUAAUUUUUUAUAA